AUGAGGCUGGCAGAGGGCCAGGUCACCCUCAGGGGAGCCCUCUUGCUGCUUGGGCUCUGGGAGCUCCUGGAUCCUGGCCAAUGUUCUCAUGGCCGUCCCUCAUGGCGCUACGUCUCCUCUGAGGUUGUGAUUCCCAGGAAGCAGAUGGCUCACGGCAAAGGUAUGCAGGUACCAGGCUGGCUCUCCUACAGCCUUCGCUUUGGGGGCCAGAGGCAUGUCAUCCACAUGCGGCGCAAGAAACUGUUUUGGCCCAGACAUCUGCAGGUGGUAUCCCAGGACGACCAAAGAGCCUUGCAGAUAGACCACCCCUACAUCCCUCAAGACUGCCACUACCUCGGCUUCCUGGAGGAGAUUCCUCAAUCCAUGGUCACUAUUGGCACCUGCUAUGGGGGUCUCGAAGGUAUUAUGAAGUUGGAUGACCUUGCCUAUGAAAUCAAACCCUUGAAGGGUUCCCACAUGUUUGAACAUGUUGUUUCUGAGAUAGUGGCAGAUACCAAUGCCACGGGGCCUACAUAUAGACUAGGAUACAAGAACCCUCCGUUGUCUAAAGCUCCCAUCAGUGCAGCCUCGAGGAUCUCUAGUAAGCUCUAUGCAUCUCACGCUGGUGCCUUACGAGGCCUUCCUAUAAGUUCUCAUUCAAUGGCUUUUCGAUUCAACAAUGUAACACAGUGUAUGCAAUAUCUGAUAAGUUUAGGUAGUUUAGUUAACGCAAUGUAUCACAACCUUGAUAUAAGGUACUAUGUUACCGCUUUGAUUGUAUAUAACCAGGGGGAUCCAACCAAUAUGAGGGAUUAUGGACAGUCAAGUGCAUAUCACAAUCAUUUUGCACAUCAUGUGUAUCAUGCUCUUCAGGGAGAGUCAGCCUUCAUAGUGAUUAGAGGAGGACCUAAUGAUAUUGAGUUUAAUGCAAGGGAAAACAGCGUAUGCACACCGUACAAUCUAGUCAUGAUCGGCGAACUCGGAAGACAUUAUUUGUUGCUAUCUGUGAUUACUUCCUUUCAAAUUGGGAGAACUCUGGGUCUACACGUUGAUGCGGACACUUGUUAUUGCCAGAGAAGGACCACCUGCAUUAUGUAUAGGUACCCUGUGAUAACAGAUGUGUUCAGUAACUGUUCCAUUGCAGAUCUGCAUGAGUCAGCUGGAACUGGAAACCACUGCCUAUUCAGGCAGAUUGGACAUUUUUACAAUGAAAGUGUUACUAAGCAACGUUGCGGAGACUCUGUAGUAGAGGGGUCGGAGCAGUGCGACUGCGGCUCCUUCAAGCAGUGCUAUAGCAGCGAGUGCUGUAGAACUGACUGUACACUGACCCCUGGUAGUGCUUGCAGUGAAGGAGGAUGCUGUACAAACUGUUCCUUUUCCCCCCUGGGGACACUUUGCAGAUCUAUCCAAAAUAUAUGUGACCUUCCAGAGUACUGCACCGGGGAAACCCACAGAUGCCCUGGUGAUUUUUAUCUGCAAGAUGGAACCCCGUGCACUGAAGAGGGAUACUGCUAUCAGGGUAAUUGCACUGACCGCUCUAUGCACUGCAAAGAAAUCUUUGGCCGAGAUGCCGUGAAUGCUGAAGAUGCUUGCUAUAAUAUUAAUAGAAAAGGCUCCCGAUUUGGACACUGCAGGAGAAGCGCUGAAAACAAAGUAUUUCAGAGUUGUGAUGAAGGAGAUGUUAAAUGUGGACGAUUGCAGUGUACCAAUGUCAGCCAUCUUCCCCGGUUGCAGGACCAUGUUUCAUUCCAUCAGUCUUGGAUCUCAGGGCUCCGGUGUUUUGGACUGGAUGAACACCGUUCAACAGAGACAACUGAUGUUGGACAUGUGAGAUCUGGUACCCCCUGUGCUCCUGGAAGAUUAUGUAGUCCUGGCAGUUAUUGCAACGGUUCUUUGAUUGCACUGAACUAUGACUGUCACCCUGAGAAGUGCAGUUAUCGAGGAAUGUGCAACAAUAGAAGACACUGUCAUUGCCACAUAGGCUGGGGCCCUCCACUGUGUUUAAGCCCGGGUCCUGGUGGGAGCGAAGACAGUGGACCUCCUCCCAGAAGAAUUAGGGCAGUAUCACAAAGUGACGAUUUAAUCACAUAUUUGAGAUUGAUCUUUGGUCGUAUUUUGGCCUUGAUAGCUGCAUUCCUCUUUGGGAUAGCCACAAAUGUAAGAACCAUUCAGAAGACCAAAGUUACAGAAAAGGAGUAUGAAUCAGAAUAAAAAAGAAGUCAACCUCUCGACCCCUGUAACAA